CCACCUUCCCCUUUCGUCCCCAAGACCCCAAAUCGGGCGAAACCCACCGUCUUCUACAUGCAGCUAAAACCCUCGCCACCCUCGUCUCCCCCAAAAUCCACCGAAUCCGUUUGCUCGUCUUCACCAAUCCGUGCUUGCUUAGCGGAUCAGCAAUGGAGGCGAAGAGGGAGAGGCCGCAAUCCACCCGGGAGAAGGCCGCGGCGGCAGCGGCCGUGAUCUCGCUGGUGCUCGGCGACGGCGACCUCCUCGGCGAGAUCUUCCUCCGCCUCGCGCUCCCCUCCAGCCUCGUCCGCGCCGCCCUCGUCUGCAAGCGCUGGCUCCGCGCGGCAUCCGACCCCGCCUUCCUCCGCCGCUUCCGCGACCUCCACCCGCCUCGCCUCGUUGGCUGCUACCUCAGCAUCAGGACGCUGCAUCGAGAUUGGCGUGUUGAAUUCGUUCCGGUGCCGCCUCAGCCCACGGUGGUCGACGCAGUCCGCCGCACGAGCUCCAGCUCGGGCACCGACGACACCCUAUCCACACACAUUGUGGACUGCCGAAAUGGCUGGGUCGUCACCAGAUUGUACCACGGUGGUCACUCCGCGCAGGGAGCGAUCAGCCUGCUUCGUCCCGGGAGAGCACACUUCUAGGAAAUGGCGCUCCAAUAUAGAGCAGCACCCGGUACCGCUACACCGGCACAAGAUGAAGGCUCUUCAGCAUGCUGAACAAAGAACGGUCGAAGUGUACUUGUUUAGCUUCCAGUAGUACAAAGUAGUAAAUGCUAGCAUCUCAGUUGGCUGUAUAAUUCAGUGCUAAGAUGCCAGACUUGUAUUAGGUUUGCUCCUUCCAGGUCAUAUGUUGCUCCUGCUAUAACUGGUUUUAUCUGUCUCAGUCAGAGAACAACAACUAUAACUGUGCUGCUCAUGUACUUAUGCUGUACUUCAAAUCCUCCUUUUUUGUCA